CUCUCCCGGUCCGCUCGGCUACCUUAUCAUUUUCAUACACACCUGCAACUCCACAACGCAACUCGGAAACUCACUGAAAUCGCCGGAUCAUGUCGUCGUAUACGCUGCAUUUGGCUUCACCGGCGACCAGAAAUUGUUUGUACGAACACCGUCGCAGAAUUCCCACAUUCAAAUCUCCCGCGUUUUCCAACCCCCAUCCCUUUCGCUGCGAUUACGCUGCGGGAAAUGGGCUAUUGGCAGCGAGCAACACAAGCUUCAAAGCCGUGCCCAAAACGCACCGUCGUCGGUUCUCGUGCACUUCUCAGCUGGCGGAGAUGGCUCCGGCUACCUCUGCAGUCUACGGCUUCCUCCUCCUCAGCGGCGGCUUCUUUGCUUUUUCGAGAACAGGAAGCAAGGGGUCGCUUCUCGGUGGUGUUUCAGGAGCAGCUCUAAUGGCGACUGCUUACUAUCUGCUGCAAACACCAGAGACAAAAGCUAUUGGUGAUGCCCUUGGUUUUGGAUCAGCAUUUCUUUUUGCUGCGGUAUUCGGUAUACGAUUAGCAGCUACACAGAAAUUGGCUCCUGCAGGCCCUCUGUUAGCUCUUUCUCUUAGUGCACUGGCUGUGUUUAUAUCAGCUUAUCUAAAAGAUAGUGUCACCAUAUCUUAGUCGUCCUUAACAAUAAUUUAAUGUCGUUCAUAAGUCAAAUUCCUUGUGUUAAUGCGAUCAAGACUCGAGUUGUAAGGUCUUAUUUAAUUCAGUUCUUGUGUUCGAACUCUUCUCUCUA